CUAUGAAGGCAGCAGCAUCGACAUUUCUGCUCCUUAUCACCCAUAGCGUCCUGGGGCACAGCCAACAUCACUUUGGAGACGGUCAAGAAACGUGGCUAUCAAAGUACGGAAAGCAAGUCGAUCAGCCAUUCUCCGGGCCAUUGACCUUUUCGCAUCUGGCUUAUGCACGAUGUUUGGAGGACGAGUCGAUCGAUUUUGACAUUGCGAUCCUUGGGAUACCUAUUUGAUACUGGAACCUCGUACCGCCCAGGUGCUCGCUUUGGACCAUAUGCAAUUCGUUCAGGAAGCAGGCGGCAAAGAGAAAUCCGUGCCUACAGCCUUGCAUGGGGUAGCAACCCUUACGAACAAGGCUCUAAGAUCAUUGAUUGCGGAGACGUCCCCGUCUCACCGUUUGACAAUGCCCUUGCAAUAGACCAAAUGGAAGUCGCGUACUCAACUCUUCUGGCGCGUUCGAUUUCGUCAAAGGCCCUUUCUGCAUGGAAGCAUGGUGCUGUUCUUGCAAAGGAUGGCCGCGAGCAUCCAAGAAUUAUCAGCAUGGGCGGCGAUCACACCAUCGUACUUCCCAUACUGCGCGCACUCUACAAGAUAUAUGGUCCCAUUGCUGUGAUACAUUUCGACGCGCAUUUGGAUACUUGGUCCGGAUAUCCUGGAGCUGUUACAGAACAAUCCCGUAUCACUCACGGAACGUUCUUCUACACCGCUAGCCAAGAAGGCCUUAUCUCCAACAAUAGCAUCCACGCUGGUAUCAGGUGCAAGCUGACCGGUUUGGACGAUGUUGAGAAUGACGAGUCCGUUGGCUUCCAUUUCAUUACCAGUGAUGACAUCGACAUCCAUGGCGUCCCCGCGAUCAUCAGGCGUAUUAGAGAGAGAGUUGGAGAUAGCCCCGUGUACCUAAGUCUGGACAUUGAUGUCAUCGAUCCUGGCCUUGCACCUGGUACUGGCACCCCUGAAGCUGGUGGAUGGACCAGCAGAGAACUAAAGAGAAUCAUACGAGGAUUAGUGGGGUUGAACUUCGUUGGCGCUGAUGUCGUUGAAGUUGCUCCAGCAUACGAUCAUGCCGAGGUAACAGGAACUACAGCAGCGGACAUUGUCCAUGACUUGCUGUCCUUACUCGUCUUCCAAAUGCCGCCAACCCAACCCAGCCGUUCUGAAAUGUGGCCAAGAGAUGAGCUGUGACAUUCGGCACAUGUGUCUUUCACACCGUGGUGUCAUGACCCCCACGGUGCUGUGAAGCUGGAGCGAACGCUAUCUUCUGGAGCUUCUGGCAGCUUC